ACGGUCAGCCAGGCGGCGCUGUCGACGUCGUCCACGGAUACGCUGUCCCUAGCUCCUGGUCGGCUGGAAACCUUCACCGUGACGAUCACGCUGCCACUGGAGUCCACCUACGACGUUGACUUCGACGUUGAGACUCCGAAGUACGACACGGGUUUGGCCAACCAAACGCUUAUUAACAUCAUCGACGUAGUGCCAGUCUACACUGGAGUGAAUAUUGCCUGCCUUGGCCUGACCUCCGGAGCCACGAAGGAGUUCUACUCGGCGGAAGAUAACUCCGACAAGGACCACUUGGUGGUGAAGUUCGGAAUGGUUCAAAACACUGGUUUAGCAGCCAUGCAGGACUCGUACCUGGCAGGUGACAAUGACGUAAAGUUAGAUAUCACAGUGCAGGCUACAGACAAUCUUGAGAACGUGGACGCAGUGGCGGGCCAAGUGCAGUACGGUGUCUCUCUAGGGGCGUUGUCCUCAUUAACACAGCUCUCUAUCUCUGCGUUCUAUAGGGGCGUUGUCCAAGUCAGCAUCACGUUUGGCCACACGGAGCAGUCGCGGGCCGAGAUCAUCGAUCCGUUCUUGACCGUAUUGCUGCCAAAGUACAUCACGACGCCUGUGUUUGGUGCAUGUAACUCCACCGUCACGCCCACCACCACUAUCGAAUCCUACGGUCUCAAGAUAUUGAACUAG